UUUCCGCGCUCAAGUGGGCUGGGACUCGAACGUUUCCACUAAGGAGUGUGUGUAAUAACCCGAGGGGAAAAAGAGGAAGACCAUACUUGCUCUACGAACCCUCUACCUCGAAGCUAACAUGUAAUAUGAACGUCAGAAACUCGGAUGCGCGGUCUCGUGAAAGGUCCUGUAAGAGGAACCCUCACGUGGACGGAGCCGGAGCAUGAAAUCAACAUCUCGAGACUCAGGGAUUGCUCCGCUCAUCUUUCUCAUCCACAUUGACAAUUUACAGUAGUGGGUACCAACACACACGGCGGGUGCAGCACUUGGACUGAAUAUGUACCAGGGACAUUCACAGGAGAAAGACUCUAGGGCGGUUGCUUUGGUGCUGAAGGAGCUACCAAGUAAGGCAUCCUCAGAUGGAAAACCCCUGCUCACCGUGACAACCAAGCUGUGCAGUGAGCAGCAAGAAAGCCGUCCGCUACUGAGCCCUUCCAUCGAUGACUUCCAGAGUGAGAGCAAGAGUGAUGGAGCCUCACGACCAGUCACCUCCAACACAGCAGUCUUGUCCACUGCGCUAGACCUGGUGGACUUGAGUGAGCCGUGCGAGAGAAGGUGGAGCUGGGACAGGCGGAGUCCCCGCGGGUCUCGUAAGAACGGUUUCUCUAAGAGUAGCCUUCGCAAGAAGAAGACGGAAGAGACGGAGCUGAUCCAGGUGGAGACAGAGACAUCAUCCCCCAGCCGUUCGAACCCCGAAAGAGUCUCAUUAGAUUCAGUGAGCAGCUCACCCUUGGAGAAAUGGGAGGAGGUGAGCCUUCACCCAGACAGUGCCUUGAAUGGAAUGCGGAAGUGGAGAUAUGAGAGGAAGAGGUGCACAUCCAACCAUUCAUCCACUGAGCUUUUGUGGUCUGCAGACUUUAAAACCGAUUUCUCUAACAGGCAUAGUGCCCUGGAGCUCAGCAUGAGCACCGAGUCAGACCCUGGGCCGGCCCCUCAGCGGCAGAGGCCCCAGCUGGGCGGCACUUUACUGGGGAGACAACACUCAUUAGAGGAGGAGUUUGUUCGAGCCAAGGCUGCUGUGGAGUCAGACACUGAGUUCUGGGAUAAAAUGCAGGCCGAGUGGGAGGAGCUGGCACGGAGGAACUGGUUGGAGGACGCUGACAGUGAAGGUCCGAUUCCACCCAACUUUUCAUCCACUGAAAAGGGUCAAUGCUUCCAUACCAAUAACCCUUACAAAGACUACACCAAUGCUUUUGAACAGGGGCUGCAGAAGUGCAAGGACGGGGAUCUUAACAGCUCUGUACUACUGUUAGAGGCAGCCAUCUUACAAGACCCUCUGGACUCAGAGGCUUGGCAGGUUUUGGGCACCACACAAGCAGAGAAUGAGAAUGAACAGGCAGCCAUUGUUUGUCUUCAGAGAUGUUUGGAGCUGCACCCAAACAAUCUGAAGGCCCUGAUGGCUCUGGCGGUGAGCCUGACCAAUGUAGGGCAGCAGCCGGAAGCCUGUGAGGCUCUUCACCGCUGGAUCAGAUACAACCCCAGAUACAGACACCUGCUCCAGAACCGCAGCCCUCUGGAUGGUUCUCCACUGCCCAGCCGCAGAGGGUCCUCCAUCUCCCCCAUCCCCACUCUCGGGUGCUCUCAGCUGGUGGAGGUGUUGGAGCUGUACCAGGAGGCAGUGCAGAGCACUGAAGGGGUGGACCCUGACCUCCAGACAGGCCUGGGUGUGCUCUUCAACCUCAGUUCAGAGUUUGACAAAGCUGUGGACGCCUUCAAUGCUGCACUGUCUGUCCGGCCGGAGGACUAUCUCCUGUGGAAUCGGCUCGGGGCCACACUGGCGAAUGGGGACCGCAGUGAGGAGGCAGUGGAGGCCUACACCAGAGCUCUCGAGCUCCAGCCAGGCUUUAUCCGCUCCAGAUACAACCUCGGCAUCAGCUGCAUCAACCUGGGGGCACAUCGGGAGGCAGUGAGUAACUUCUUGACCGCUCUGCACCAGCAGAGGAAGAGCAGGAGUCAUCAGGCAGUGUCCAGCAACAUCUGGGCCGCUCUGCGGAUCGCCCUCUCACUCAUGGACCAGCCAGAACUGUUCCAGGCAGCAAGCGUGGGAGAUCUAGACCUCCUAAUGAGGGCCUUCAACAUGGACAUGUGAUCAGACUCAGACCUGUGAAAUCUAUUAUUCACUAACAGCAGGCACAAAGUUUGGCUCGAGUGAAUACGAGAUGUCAAUAUUUAAUAUGCAGAGUGUGCACAGCUAUUUUUGUUGAAUUUAUGGGCAGCCUUUGCUUUCUUCAGAGGCCCCUGAAGACAGCGUUUAUAUUCUAUAGAGCACAAACAGAACCGGUAAGUGAAGGUUUUUGAAACUAGAGGAAUAAAUGCCAGAAAGUGAGCGCAAAAGCACCUUUUCUUGAUGUUGGUUAUAUUUCACUAAUAUUUUUAAGCUUAUCUAACUUUGUAUACUUGAGAAAAAUGAACCAAACCUUGUUGGGGAAUAUAGGAGGAAUUUUGUUUAGUUUAUCGAAUUGAUUAUUAAUCUUCAAAGAACCUAGCUAUCUUAUCAUGGUCAAUUGAGAUCUCAAGAACCUGUUUUUUUUUCAUGUUCAUUUUACAAUGCUAGUUCACAUCCCUCACCACAAGGUGGCGCUGUUUUUCUGCUGAAAAGAGUGUAGCCAUAUAGCCAGUCAGUUCAGGAAUGACACUAGGGCUGCAUCUGAAAUUGCAUGGGUGCUUAUUUUUGAAAAGAAUAAUUUCACAACAGCUGAAAAAAAAACAGUCUGUCUGUAAUCAGGACAUGCUACAUCUGCAGUGUUGCCAUUGUCAUGUGACCUGCCAGUGUAAGUUGCGUCACUUCACUGUCAUUCACAAAUCCUCUCCCAUCCCGUGGUCUCAUGGGAUAGUUAAGUGCCCAUCGAAUGCACACUUAGAGUCUCGCCGGAAGUAUUCGGUCGAACUUUUUGACUACUUUUUUACUAUUUUUCGCAUACUAAAUUUAGUAAGGAAGUAUGCGAUUUCGGUUGCAGCCUAGCUGAAUUUGACUCAGGGUGAUCUAUACGCAGGUGUGCGGGCAGGGCGUGUUCCCCAGGCCAUCUGUCUUCCAGCAAGCCCCGUUUAAUGCUGUGUGCUCCGGGGCAUUCUGGAUCAGGGCUCGGCGGGGAGCAACUUCAAAGCCUCUGCACGAAAGGUCACUGCUAAAGCAGUAUCAUGUUGAAAGUGAGCGAGUUCAUUUAAGACUGUUAGCCCAAACGUUCAAAGGGGACCGAAUACAUUCACAAAAUCUACGAACAACAACAUCUUGGCCAUACAGUCGAAUCGUUGAGCCUGGUAAAGUUUUGAAGUGCAUUUGAUGAGACUGAAAUCCCUUUAUCGUUCAUAUGUACAGUAUAUAGUUUAUGGUGAAAAAAGCCAUGUGUUAGAACAUUAUUAUUUCAGCUCCUUUGUAUUGUUUUAGGCUGGAUAUUUUCUUUGAAGAAAUAACUAUGCAAACCAGCAUUGCUGUUGUUGUUUUUUGUUGUUGCUAAAUUUACCAAAAAUCUUAGUGGGGGUCCUUAUUUGUCUAUCAUUUUAACUCUAUGCAUUAUUAGUUAACGUCAAAGUAAUUGGAGUGAGCUGAGAUGAUUGAAGGGCACUGAAUGAGACAGUGUUUAAAGACAUAAAUAACAUUAAUAACCUUAAUUACUUAGUUUGGGCAAAGACUAAGAAAAUUGCUUCAUUAGAUGCAUCUACAAUUUAAAUAUUACUGAAGAUUUGGAAAAUCUGGUGAUUGCAUGUGAUACAGAAAACAGAUUUUCCAGAUUUUUUUACUUAAAAGUGAAUGUAACUACUAUUAAUCUACAUUUUUUGACAUAGAGCAAAAUUCUAACACUAAGCAUACUAUAUGUGACAAUAUUUAAAAUCACAUGGCAUGUAUGAGCACAGUAUGCGGGCAUUAAUGACACUCGUCUUGUAGAAAAUCACACUAGUUUUGCUAUAUUCAGAGCUGUCAUGUAACUAUAAAUAUAAUUACAAUUGUAGAAUAGCAGAAGGAAAUGUAUUUCAUUUUUAUUCAUGUAAAAUAGACUAUUUCAUGGAAUGAACAGUCAUAAAAUGUAUGCAUGUCUACCCAUCAAGUAUCAUCUUUCAAUCUCUCCUACAUUAACAGGUAAUAUAGCCAAGAUGCAUUUAUAACCUAUUUAUUAAAGCUGUAUUUUAGAAGAA